GUGCGCGCCGCACAGUCUCCCGGAGCAGCCAUGGAGCCGCGGCCCGCGCGCGCUCGGGGGCCCGGGCUGCCGCUGCCGCUGCGGGCGCUGGCGGCGGCGCUGCUGCUGGCGCAGGCGGGGCGGGCGGCGGGCGACCCGGGGCCGGCGCUGUGGCCCAGGCCGCUCUCGGUGAGCUCGUCCCCGCGCUCGCUGCGCCUCUCCCCGGAGAACUUCUACAUCCGCCACGGCCUCAACUCCACGGCGGGCCCGUCCUGCUCGCUGCUGCAGGAGGCGUUCCGGCGAUAUUAUGACUAUAUUUUUGGCUUCCACAAGUGGCACCACGGCCACUUCAGAGUCCAGGCUGGGUCUCAGCUGGAGCAGCUUGUCGUCUCCAUCGUCCUGGAGUCACAGUGUGAUAGUUUUCCCAACGUAUCUGCAGACGAGUCCUAUACUCUACUCGUGCAAGAGCCAGUGGCUGUGCUCAAGGCCAACCGGGUUUGGGGAGCCCUGCGAGGUUUGGAGACCUUUAGCCAGUUAAUUUAUCGCGAUUCUUUUGGGACUUUUACCAUCAAUGAGUCCACAGUCACUGAUUCUCCGAGGUUUCCUCAUAGAGGAAUUUUAAUUGAUACAUCCAGGCACUACUUGUCAGUCAAGACUAUUCUUAGAACUCUGGACGCCAUGGCUUUCAAUAAGCUGAACGUCCUUCACUGGCACAUUGUUGAUGACGAGUCUUUCCCCUAUCAGAGCGUCAGUUUUCCUCAUUUAAGUAGUGAGGGAAGCUAUUCUUUGUCUCAUGUGUACACACCGAACGACGUCCGCAUGGUACUUGAGUACGCCCGCCUGCGAGGGAUUCGAGUCAUUCCCGAGUUUGACACUCCUGGGCACACACAGUCGUGGGGAAAAGGUCAGAAAGACCUCCUCACUCCAUGCUCCCUGUUCAGGAAGCCAGAACAAACUUUUGGGCCUAUAAACCCUAUUCUAAAUACAACUUACACGUUCCUUAAGACAUUUUUCAAAGAGAUUAGUAAUGUGUUUCCAGAUGAGUUCAUUCAUUUGGGAGGAGAUGAGGUGGAAUUUCUCUGUUGGGCAUCAAAUCCCCAAAUCCAAAGUUUCAUGAAGACAAAAGGCUAUGGCGGUGAUUAUGCCAAACUAGAAUCUUUCUAUAUUAAAAAGCUGCUGGAUAUUAUUGCAGCUCUCAAUAAGAGAUCCAUUGUCUGGCAAGAGGUUUUCGACAACAGAGCAAAGCUUCAUCCAGGCACGAUAGUUGAAGUGUGGAAAAGUGAGGAUUAUUUUGAAGAACUAAGGAAAGUCACGGCAGCUGGCUUUCCUGCAAUCCUUUCUGCUCCGUGGUACUUAGAUCUGAUUAGCUAUGGGCAAGAUUGGAGAACAUAUUACAGCGUGGAGCCCUUGGAUUUUCAGGGUUCUGAGAAGCAGAAACAGCUCGUCAUGGGUGGAGAGGCCUGCCUGUGGGGAGAAUAUGUGGAUUCAACCAACCUCACUCCAAGAUUAUGGCCUCGGGCAAGCGCUGUGGCUGAGAGACUCUGGAGCCCCAAGGGCAAGAACAUCACCGAGGCCUACGCCAGGCUGGCGCGGCACCGCUGCCGGAUGGUCAGGCGCGGGAUCGCUGCGCAGCCCCUCUUCAGUGGACACUGCAGCCACGAGGACACGUAGCGGCCGCGGACACGGCGCGGAGGACGCGGCGGCCACAGCCACGGCGCAGAGGGAAAGCCCACAGCCCGAGGACGGCAGGCGUCGUGCAAUCACGUCCGCUAAGGUUGAGCCGCCCUGUUGAAUAAAGUAUUUUAUUGAUUGAA